CCGGACCGACUUCAAGACCUCGAGAGUGCGCGGGAGAAAACCGUCAACCCAACGGCCGAUCCUCGUAUAGGAAGAAUCUUGGAACGCACCAUAAUGAAAGCGGCAGGAUCCUUUGAAUGCGCAGCCUCCAUAUGGCCUGUCGCCUAUCGUGGUAUAAAAAGCACACUCGUUCCCUGAGGUCCUUGCGACGAUUAUCAGUGAUAAAACCAAGAUGUGUUUCGGUUGUAAGAAGUCAAAGUCGUCGCCGAAGUCCACGAUCAAGACUGAAAAGGCUUCGAAACUUCGAAGUCCAACGUCUGAUCUUUCGCCGAAAUCAGGCAGCUCGAAGGGCUCGUUCCGCGAAUCUAUCGCAGAAGUGCACAAGCCGAAGGCACACUCGCGACCAGAAGUUUUUGUUGCAAUUGAUCUUGGAACCACCUACUCCGGAGUCGCCGCUUGGCGUAGAUCUCCUGCAAAUCCCGAGAAUCUGCAACCGCUUACAAUCACUCGUUGGCCUGGCGAUGAUAGCUCAGUAGAGCAAAAGGUACCCACGGUAUUGCAUUACGACUCGCUGAAUAAUGUCUGUGCAUGGGGAUCACAGACGUUGGCGGUGAAAAGAGGCUUAGUUGCUUCGGUUCCAGGAUCUGUGGAGUGCAAGUGGUUUAAGCUCCACCUUGACCCAGUUGCAAGUCGCGAGAUUGCCGACCUUGACGACUUUCCCCUUCCUCCUGGUUUAACGGCGGUUGAUGUCUGCGCCGACUACUUGAGUAAGAUCCGUCAAGUGUUAUUUCAUGCCUUCGAAAACAUUGGGUGGACAGCUGCACAGCACGACUUUCACUACAUACUCACUCAUCCAGCAAGUUGGUCAGAUUCUGCUCGUGCGAAGACCAAGGAGGCUUUUGCGGCUGCCCGGUUCGUCCAGCCCAAUGAAAUUCCUAACGUUAUCUUGAUGAGUGAACCAGAGGCAGCCGCCAAAUACUGCGCACGUACCGAUGGAUUGACGAAAGAGAUUCGGCCUGGAAACGGUCUACUUGUGGUCGAUGCCGGCGGCGGUACAGUUGAUCUCGUCGCUUACCAAGUGACUAAGUCGGAUCCGUUCGUACUGAAAGAGUGCACGGUGCCUACAGGUGGGAUUUGUGGUAGCUCUCAACUGGAUCGCGACUUCAAAACUCUUCUUGAGGGGAGGCUUUCUCGAAUGCGGCCUGGUUCCCAGCGAGUAACAGCCGACAAAGCAGCAAUACGAACAACGUGCCUCUUGCGUUUCGAAGAACAAGUGAAGCGAAACUUUGGCUGGAAUGGACAUGAGCAUGCUCACGAUAUCUACUGCGGUCUCGUCUCGCAUGAUUAUCCUGAAAUUGGCUUCGAGAAUAACCAUAUGACGUUCUCAAAUGACGAGAUGACAACCAUCUUUACACGCACAAUGGAAGAUAUCCUUGACCUUAUCCGUGCUCAACUUGCUCGAAUCAGGACAGCGCGCGUGCCCCUCGAAGCAAUCAUAUUCGUUGGAGGUUUCGCACUCUCACCAUACCUUCUCGAUUACAUUAAGGAACACACUGGUCCCCAAUGGAGUUCGCUCAUCCGGUCAAGUCCCGGGCGUGAACUUGCUGUCGUUCACGGUGCUGCAUUGGACUUGGUAGCUCGUCGUGACCCCUCCUACCACGAAGGUGCUCGAGUGGAAGCUAGGCGUACCCGUUGCCAUUAUGUCAUGGAAGUUCACAAGACCUUCGACCCAAGCCAACACCCUAAAGUAUUUUCCCUGGACGGCGCCAAUGGUGACGCGGUGUGUCGUGGAAUUUGCAAGGUUUUGGUGGCCAAAAACACAGAAGUGACCGAGCGGGCUACCGUGACGUACCCUUUCUUCCGUCAUGUUACGGCACGGAACUUCCCUGUGUUCAAGACGGCAAUAUAUGCAAUUGACUCAGACAAGUGUCCCGAGUUCUUGUAUUCCCAAGAAAACCCAUCCGAACUGCUUCCAGGCGUGAGGCAACUAUGUGUGCUGUCGAGUGAUUUCACAGGACUUCCUUUUAGCGAGUUCAAGCGCCUUAUUGCGACCAACGGGCAGCCGUACUACGAAGUCAACUAUGACAUCCGGCUUACCAUUGAUGGUGUAGAGUUGAAGGCGGAGAGGUAUUUCAAAGGGAAGUGUGUCGGCUCUGCGGAGAUCAAAUGGGAUUAAUCUGGAGACAUAUUCUGGAGCGUUUCUGUUCGGGU